CUGCCAUCUCAAUUGCGGAACAAAACAAAGAAAUCUUUUUUAUUAGAUUUGUGGGGUGGGGGAGAUUUUUCCGUAGACGGCCGAUUUAAACCGAUUUAAAACCAUUAAUCCGACCACAGAGCAGACCAUCGCUGAAACUGGGCUACCGGCAACACCAUCGCCCUAAAGCCAGCCGAGCAGUCAAUGUGGUGCCUGGUUUCGGUGGCGGCCGGCGCUGCCCUGGCCAAUCACGCAGAUGUCGCCAAGUACGUGCCCUGCAUCUCCCCAGCUACGACAGACUGCCGGAAUGUACCACUGCCGGUGUGCGGAAAGAAUAUCCGUGCCCAGGUGUAGCUCUGUCUCCUAUUCUACGGCGUGUAUCCGGCCAACGACUGUAUAUCCGCCUUCUGGCGCUGUGACGAAAGGACUGGCCUGCGAAUCAGUUCAGCUGGUAGUCAGUCGUGGGCAGCGACAAGGCUCUGAUCGGCGAUGGUACCACCUGUGACAGCUGUUACAACGUCCACGAUGAGGCCGACUGCUGCAACCGGCCAGGAGACUUUCAGUGUCCCAUCAACAAGCAUCGCAUAUCGGCCAAGCAGAUCAAUGAGAUUGUAUCAACUCAUCCCAAGGCCAAAACUGUUAAUCUCCUUGAUGACAGUCCAACGGUGGACUCCGCUUAAUGAUGCGACCAAUGAUCUGUCUAGGGCCAUCUUUGAUGACGGUCCGUCGCCUUUGCCUGCGAAACCGUUGCCAAAGUCUCUCUUUGAUGAUGAUCUGGAAGAUGACUUCCUAAGCUCCUUUUCGCCCAAGCCAAAGCCACCAUAACAAAAACUUAAAUCCUCCCUAUUCGAUGACGAUGAUUAGGAUAUAGAUGAUAUUUUUGUCAAGCCAUCGAUGCAGCCGAACAAUCACUCAGAGAGAUUAGUUGGAAAAAACCUCUCUGUUUGAUGAUGACCUUGACCAGGAUGAUGUCCUUGAUUUGUUUGGCUCAAAGACCAGCAACAUUACGACUGUUUUUUUUUUUUUGUUGAACUAUUUUGUUUAACCCUUUAAGCCUAAAAACUAGCCAAUCUUGUAGAACAUUUAUUCAUCAAUGGCCUAAAAUUAGUUAGCCAGAAUUAUUCAACGAAAUAUAGAAAUUGAACAAUAUAAA